CAUGUUCCACUGGCUUCUUGUGUCGUCCUCCUUCUCCAUUGGCUCUCCGCGCCGCCCUGCGCUCCGCUUUUACACCAGACCAGCCUUCGCACGGCAGAGUGCGUGCGCCAAACGUGUGUGAGGAGCAUCCAACCCACGCUGCCUGCAACCGGACUCGGCUACCCACGUUGCUCCGAAGAGGAAAAAGAUGGAGAAAAAGAGCGAGAUCAACGGGCACGCCAUGCCCGGCUCUGCGUCCACCGACCGGAUCCUGGAGAAAAGCGCGCAGAAGAGCUUCAAAGAGAAGCUGCUGGAGUUUUUGAGAAAGAACCUGCUGGUGAUCAUGACGGUGUCCGGCGUGUUGGUGGGCGUCGGGCUCGGCAUGAUGGUCCGCAACAUGAACCUGACCAAAGCGGAGAAGACCUACUUCGCCUUCCCCGGAGAGAUGCUCCUCCGGAUGCUGAAGAUGAUCAUCCUGCCCCUGGUCGUCUGCAGCCUCAUAUCGGGCGCCGCCAGCCUGGACACCCGCUCCCUGGGCAAGCUGGGGGGCAUCGCAGUCGCCUACUUUCUAGUAACCACGUUGAUCGCCUCAGGGAUCGGGGUGACCCUGGCCUUCAUCAUCAAACCCGGAGUGGGCGCAGGAGCCCUGAACACCAACGACCUGGGGCUGGAGAGCGUCAGCAGCAACAAGGAGACCACCGACUCCUUCUUAGAUCUGGCCAGGAAUUUAUUUCCAGCGAACUUGGUGGCUGCUGCCUUCCGUUCUUAUGCCACUGACUACAAGAUGGUCGCUGUUGGAAACGACACCAAUGGGACCAUCCUCUACCAAAAGGUCCCUAUUGGCACUGACACGGAUGGCAUGAACAUUCUUGGUCUGGUGUUAUUUGCCAUGGUGUUUGGUGUGGCGCUGAGAAAGCUGGGAGAAGAAGGAGAGGAACUCAUUCGUUUCUUCAACGCUUUCAACGAGGCCACGAUGGUGCUGGUGUCGUGGAUCAUGUGGUAUGUUCCCUUUGGCAUCAUGUUCUUGGUGGGCAGUAAGAUUGUGGAGAUGGACGAUGUGGUUCUCCUGGUCACCAGUCUGGGAAAAUAUAUCUUUGCCUCGAUCCUGGGCCACAUCAUCCACGGAGGCAUCGUCCUGCCUCUCAUCUACUUCGGCUUCACACGCAAGAACCCCUUCAGUUUCCUGUCAGGCCUCAUCACACCCUUCACCACAGCCUUCGCCACCUGCUCCAGUUCAGCAACUCUACCCUCCAUGAUAAAGUGUGUGGAGGAGAACAACGGAGUAGACAAACGCAUCAGCCGCUUCAUCCUGCCCAUCGGGGCCACGGUGAACAUGGAUGGAGCCGCAAUUUUCCAGUGCAUCGCCGCCGUUUUCAUCGCUCAGCUCAACAAUGCCGAGCUGAAUGCAGGACAAAUCUUUACCAUUCUGGUGACAGCUACAGCCUCCAGUGUCGGUGCAGCGGGUAUCCCGGCCGGUGGCAUCAUCACCAUCGCCAUCAUCCUGGAGGCCAUCGGCCUGCCGACCAACGACUUGUCACUCAUGUUGGCUGUUGACUGGAUUGUGGAUCGUACCACCACGGUUGUGAACGUGGAGGGCGACGCUCUGGGUGCGGGAAUCCUCCACCACAUCAACCAGCAGGAGAUGAAGAAGCAGCAGCAGCAGCAGGGGGAGCUGGCGGAGGUCCGGGUGGAGGCGGUGGCCAACGCCCAGGCAGAGGAGGAGACAUCGCCGCUGGUCACGCACCAAACCAAAGCCUCGGGGGCCACGCCAGAAGCCAUUGAGUCUGUCCUGUGAACUUAGCAAGACUUUCUUGCUUCCUGACCUUUUGACCUUCAACAUCUCUGACAUUGCUGCUGACUGGGCACCAUUCUGUCUUGGUGUCCAUUUAAAAAAACAAACAAAAAAAAACAAAGUCACUGAUGAUUUCACUUGUGAGGACAACAAAAUACCAUAGGUACAGUCUGUCUACAGCAGGGACAGUCCACAGUGGACCUGGUGCUGCUGUUGUUUUCAAUUAUGUUUCCAUCAAAGUAAUCUCAAACUCAAAUUAAGAUUUAAUGAAUUUCAGAAUUUCAUAUUGAACACAUUUCCUCGAUCAUUUAAGUCACUUUUUUGGUAUUUUUGAAAAAUUUCAUUGAAGGAUUUUGCCAUAAACAAUGAUGGAAACAUACUAAAACAGACCUAAAACAUUCCCAUAAAUAUUGGAAUUCUGUUUGUCUCAUGUGCUGUAUGAGACACUCACGGCUAUAAGUUUGUGUAUAAGAGCAUCAUCAUGUGCAUUUCUUUGUUUUUAUCUUCAGACAGCAAAUAUCACGACCAACAUAACUAGAGAACACUAACAACUUGCCAAACUAUUGUCUAACAAAAAGCUCGACAGUGUCUGUCGUAACCUAAUGACACAUCGGAUCGCUUCAUGUCAGCUAGUGGAAAUGUUUGUGUUUGCAUUUUACUUACUCAGUCUGUUUGCUGUUCCGUCUUUGCAAAUCUGGAUGGAAACAACAAACUAUUUUUUGCAAAGUCACCUUAGAUUGACGAGGGAACUGUUUGCCGUAAUCCAGAGAGCUGUUUAUGAGUUAUGUGAGGACUCGUGUUUGCUGACUGUCCACAGACAAUGUCAAACAUUAACUCUUCAAAUAACAGUAAGUGUUUGGCCUAUUUUUUUGGACAGGACCCAUGCAACUUAUUAGUGACACAUUUGCCUAAUGUGGUAAAGCAAUUUGAACAUUGCACCCUAAGUAUUAACACUACGGACACAACUUAUACCCUCCUAACUAAUCCUGUUUAUCCCCAAGUAAACAGAUCGUUGGGUUAUUUACAUAACCGUGGGUCUCUAAAUCACCAACACCAUGGAAAAAAUUAGCCAACUACAAACAUGUAUGAUGUUAGCUCCCUGUUUUCCAGCUGUUUCCCAACAUAUUCAGUGUUAAUAAUUAAAUUUUGUAAUGACAGCAGCCUAUUGUUGAUUCACAACUCAGCUGAACACCCGCCGUCUCAGUUAGCUCAAAGUCGCAUUUAUGCAUCAGCUCAUUUUGAAUUGGGAGCUAAUUUGUAUGCUUUGGCGUCUUUCUUAGCGUUUUGUUACAAAAAUACUUUUAAAAAAAUCAAUUAAUGCUUGUAUUUAUUGGUUAAAAUACUUAUUGCUGUUGUGAAGUCUGUCUGAAAGUAGCUCGUUGGGUUUGGGUUUUGCUUGCUAGCUAAUAAAGCAACGCUAACACGAUGUGUGCGUAGCUAAUGUUCAUGUCAGGUGUUUAGACAAAAGUCAUGGCUAGCUAAUUUGAUAUGUCAGAUAAACAGCAAUUGUAACAAACUAACCAGAUGUAAUAAGGUGUACAAAUAUUCAUAUAUCAUAAAAAGGUGAUCUCCUAGCCAAAAAAAAAACGACACAAAAUUAGAAGCCAUAGGAGCUGCUAAAGAGCAACCCUAUAUUGUUGAAGACCUCCAACAUGGCCGACUUUUGGACACAUUUAGGACGUGUAAUGACAGUUAAUUGAACAUUAGUUUGCAAGUACUGUAUACAGUUGCUUGACAUCAUGAAAACACUCCAGUUACCCUUUUAUCAGAGAACCUAUAUUUGACUUACAGAGGUCAGUAAGUGAGGUCAGUUGUUCACAGUUUGUUUGUUUGAGAAAUCACAGCAAAUCCAUAAGAAAUACAUAAAAAAAAAAAAUCAAAUGUUUACACUCAAAUACUGGACCAAAAUGCACGAUGAGUUCACAUCAUACUGAAUGUCAUUGUUUUGUGAAUGCAUCCUAUGAUUUCUCUGUGAUUUUUCUCAUUGGUGUCAGUGAAAGUUAGAUAAAAUUUGUUAAUCUUUGUACUUUAAUACUUUGUGAGACUAUAGAGGUGACAGUUCAGCGCAUCUGAAGCUCUGUGACAUCAUCCGAACCUUGUUUGUCUCACUUAUCGGUUAACUUUGAACGCAGAAAGGAACUCGCUGACUCACACUGAGAGCAUAUUUUUAUUCAGUCAGUGUGAUCAAUGAUUGUCUGUGAUUGUGAGAUCAUAUUAAAGGGAAGAUGGAUCGUUGCCAUAAUCACAACUCAUUUUUAAAAGACUUUUUUAAAGUGUGGAUAGUGCUCCAAAUUACUACAUGGUGCUUUUCCUUGAUCUAGGAAACAAAACACUUUGUGAGCACCUACCAUAGCUGAUGUCCACACAGUGUGGCGUGUGCUUGGAUAUGAAGGACGCUGUGCCAAAUCAGACUGACAGGACGAGCCUGUGCUGCUCUCUAGUGGCAUUAAUGUGAAAUUACUAAACUGAGCGUAAUCGCUUUUUCCUCCUUGUGUCCGUCUGGACCACCUGGUAUAUCCGUAGUUAUAUUUCCUAUUUAUUUGAUCUGUUAUUUAACAUUCAUAGGAAGCAGCAGGUGAUGAGGCUGCUUUGUCUUGUGAUAUUAUUCUGUGUUUUGAAGUGAAGACCACUAAGCAGUGAGGGAUCUUUGAGAGCUCAUUCAUGUCUCACCAUGAUGUGGUGGUGCAGCUUUGUGAGGAAUCUGUCUGCUUUAAUGAAGUAGUUUGUUUAACAGUUUCUUACUCGUCAUUAAACAUUUCACAGGUGACUUUUCUAAGCUAACAACUGCUCUGGUAACUUCAAGUUUAUGACUAGGUUUGUUUAAUAUAUCUGGUACAAUCACAUGGGAUUACAUGUAAUGUGGUACAUGUACUAUACACACACACAGACACAGACACAUAUAUAUAUAUUUGAUAUUAAUUUAUUGUAAUUCGUUUCACUUUUGUAUUAUUUGUACUUUCUCCUUUUAACACUUUCCUGCAGAUUUUUUUAUUACACUACACUUUUUAAAAUGAAUCCUCCUGCCAGUGUUCCUGAUAACCUGAUAUUAGACGUACUUUAAUUUUGGGUGUUGUUUUUUUUGUUUGUUUCUUAGAAAAGCUGCUACCUGCUUGUGUCAUGUCAACGUCUAACACUGUCUCUUUGCUGUUGGUCCUGCUGUCUGUCAACAAUAAAGCUGAAUUUUUCAUGCAACCCAAA